AAGAGGCGAGGUUUGCAACAGUGAGCCUGUGUUUCAUUGAGUAAAACGAGCCAGUUCUUGGAAUAUCAUCCUUGAUCAGAUCACUUCUUCUGAAAAAUGGACUUUAUUUAGUGGGAUCUUUUUGUUCAUUCCUUUCAAGAUACUUUCAUUGCGCAAAGACAUCGCUUAAACCCCGACGGCAGCGUCGACUUUAUAACAUUUUGAGUUAGGAUCGACAGAGGUGGACUGUGUACAUGUGUGUUGUUCGAUGGACAUCACAACAUCGUGUUCCUUUGUACAGUCCUGGAUUUGCCCCAGCCUCGAUACGCGUCCGGAGUUGAUCUGGAUUUCUUGCUGAUCUUCUUUCUGCACUGUGUAUUUCGGCGAUGUGAUCUUGAGUUGCAUCUUGCCAGGGAUGGUUCAGUGGUGAGAAACCGAAAGACUUUUGUUUCCCUUCUGGUGAUGUUUCGAAUCUGAAUUAAAAGCCCCGACGUCUAUUUCGUCCUCCUACUCCACAGAAGUCCGUUUUGGGAACAUUUUCUCUGUGUGCGCUCGUGUGUGAUUUUUGUUUUAAUUGAAAAAAGGACGGUGGGGGAGUGUUGAGAGGAACAGCAUCCAAGGAUGUAUCCACAAGGCAGGCAUCCCGCACCCCAUCAGCCGGGACAACCAUUUAAGUUUACGGUGGUGGAGACGUGCGAUCGCAUUAAGGAGGAAUUUCAGUUUCUGCAGGCGCAGUACCAUAGUCUCAAGCUGGAAUGUGAGAAACUGGCCAGUGAAAAGACAGAAAUGCAACGGCAUUACGUCAUGGUAUGUACACAAUACUAUGAAAUGUCCUAUGGAUUGAACAUUGAAAUGCAUAAACAGGCAGAAAUUGUGAAGAGACUGAGCACAAUCUGUGCACAAAUUAUACCAUUCCUCUCCCAGGAGCACCAGCAACAGGUGGUCCAGGCAAUUGAGCGAGCUAAGCAGGUCACCAUGGCGGAGCUGAAUGCCAUCAUUGGGCAGCAGCAGCUCCAGCACCUGUCCCAUCAUGCACCUCCAAUUCCACUCACUCCACAUCCGUCAGGACUCCAGCCUACGGGGAUUCCUUCCAUUAGCGGUGGCUCAGGCCUCUUGGCUCUCUCCAGUGCCCUCGGCGUCCAUGCACACUUAGCGAUGAAAGACGAUAAGAAUCACCUGGACAUGGAACAUCACAGAGACCGAGAUCGUGAUGCCAGUAGAAGUAAAUCUGUGUCUCCGUCCGACAGUCUACGCGCUGAAGACAAGCACAGAGGCUCCCUCGACUACACCACCGAAGGCAAGAAGAGGAAGUGUGAUGACAAAGACUCGGUGGGACAUUAUGACAGCGAUGGUGAUAAGAGCGACGAUAACUUGGUUGUGGAUGUUUCAAAUGAGGAUCCAUCAUCUCCACAAGGCAGUCCGUCCCAUUCUCCCCGAGGGAAUGGGCUGGACAAGUUCCACCUCCUGAGGAAGGAUGCUCCAAGCAGCCCAGCGUCUCUAGCCUCCUCGCGUAGCACUCCGCCCACAAAAUCCAAAGAGCCAGGCCUGAAUGAGAAGGCCACUACUCCAGUCUCCAAGUCAAUCACCCCAACACCUCGGAGUGACUCCUUAACCCCUGGUCCAAGCUCUGCCUCUCGAUUGCGACAGAUUUCCAGUAAACCGAGUGUGGAUGCAUUGGGUCUAAGGAGCCCAUUGACAGUCCCUGGCCCCUACCCCACGCCAUUUGGAAUGAUGACCCACGCAGGAAUGAAUGGGGAGUUGCCCAGCCCUGGGGCCUACGCAAGCCUCCACAUCUCACCUCAAAUGAGCUCUGCAGCCGUGUAUGGUCGAUCGCCUAUGGUUGCGUUUGACUCACAUCCUCAUAUGCGUCCUUCAGGCCUUCCUCCGAGCCUGCCCACAAUUCCUGGGGGAAAACCGGCCUAUUCAUUCCACGUAAGUGCUGACAGUCAGAUGCAGCCCGUACCGUUCCCUCCUGAUGCCUUGGUGGGACCAGGGAUUCCUCGGCACGCCCGGCAGAUCAAUAGUCUGAAUCACGGUGAGGUAGUGUGCGCCGUUACCGUCAGCAACCCCAUGAGGCACGUGUACACCGGAGGCAAAGGGUGCGUCAAGGUGUGGGACAUCAGCCAGCCGGGUACUAAAAGCCCCAUAUCUCAGCUCGACUGCUUGAACCGGGACAACUACAUCCGUUCCUGCAAGCUCCUCCCUGAUGGGCGCACUCUGAUCGUGGGCGGGGAGGCCAGCACGCUUUCCAUCUGGGACCUGGCAGCACCCACCCCGCGAAUCAAAGCAGAACUGACCUCGUCGGCUCCCGCCUGCUACGCGCUCGCCAUCAGUCCUGACGCUAAAGUCUGCUUCUCAUGCUGCAGUGAUGGCAACAUCGCUGUAUGGGACCUGCACAAUCAGACCUUGGUUAGACAGUUCCAGGGCCACACAGACGGAGCCAGUUGCAUUGACAUUUCAAACGAUGGGACCAAGUUGUGGACCGGAGGUCUUGAUAAUACCGUCAGGUGCUGGGACCUGAGGGAAGGACGACAACUCCAGCAGCACGACUUCACUUCACAGAUUUUCUCCCUGGGGUACUGCCCAACUGGCGAAUGGCUUGCGGUUGGCAUGGAGAGCAGCAACGUAGAAGUGUUACACGUCAACAAGCCAGACAAAUACCAGCUUCAUCUUCAUGAGAGCUGCGUGCUGUCACUGAAGUUUGCCUGUUGCGGUAAAUGGUUUGUGAGUACUGGGAAGGACAACCUUCUGAAUGCAUGGAGAACUCCCUAUGGAGCUAGUAUAUUCCAGUCAAAGGAAUCAUCGUCAGUGCUGAGCUGCGACAUUUCAGUGGACGACAAAUACAUCGUUACCGGCUCAGGAGACAAGAAGGCUACUGUCUAUGAAGUGAUCUACUGAGCAGCCACCUUUACGGAGCAAGAAAUCUAAAAGGGACACCAAGCUGUUACUGGACAUUGGAUUUAACGAGGGACAAGGUCAACGACAGCUACUGCCAAAGCAGACUGCAUAUGUACUGUUAAAAGCUGCAAUAUACUAUAGAGUGGAAUCUUCAGAUAGAAUUAGGCGUAAGAAAGGCUCGCGUACCUGGGGCAUUGUCUUGUUUAUGCAACAUAGUAAACCUGUAAUUGUGGAAAGUGUAUAUAUUUCUUAAAAAAAAAUUUGCAAUCAAUGCUGUAGCCACUAACAAUCAUUCAUUCAUGAAGACCUUCUUUAUUGUCUUUGCCUUUGGAACGCAGGGCUCCUGUUGUAUUUAAUUGCUCAACUACAUUCAACAAUGUCUAGGGGACAAAUGCACUGUGUAGAACUAAUUUGUGCUUUAAACAGCAGUUAUGACAUGAAGUUUAGAAUGCUAUUGUCUUUAAUCCUAGUCCUCAUUUUCUUUUCUGACAAGACUUGUGCCACCAUUUUUAUGUAGGGCACGACUCUACAGCACAUUACCACAGAGGAUAAAGGUUUCUGUUUAACUUUUAACUUGGCCUAUGAUCAUUUUUCCAACCCACUGGCGGGGCAGGGGAAGCAGAGUCAGUCAAUUUAAAGGGAGUUCGAAAGGCCUUGAGGGAAGUUGAUGUGUAGGGCUAUGGGGGAAAGAGCAGGUGAAUGGGGCGGACAAGAUUACUUCAAAGGUUAAUGAACAGAGAACCCUCCUUCAGUGUUAGGAUAAUUAUAUACUUCCAACAAACGACAGGCAACCAUUAAUGUUAGAAGAGAUUAUUAAAAAACAGAGAUGAGGAGGAAUUUCUUUAGCCAGAGGAUGGUGAAUCUGUGGAAUUCUUGGCCACAGCUGACUGUGGAUGCCAAGGCAUUGGGUAUAUUUAAAGUGGAGGUUGAUAGGUUCUUAAAUUAGUAAGGGUGUCAAAGACCUUGGGGAGAAGGCAGGAAGGCGGGGUUAAUAAGUCAGCCUUGGUGGAAUGGUGGAGCAGGCUCGAUAGGCCAAACGGCCUAAUUCUGGUCCUGUCUUAUGAGGUCGUAUGACAGUCACCUGCUCCCUCCUAGCCAUGACGUGAGGAAGCCUUUCAUACCAAUAUAACCAAGUGCAAUGUUGUCAAAGUCAAACUAUCACAUGCCUCCAGAGAACCCCUUCUCUAUAUCCUCCCCAAACUACUUUUGAAAUCAUCUCUUUAUAGAAAUAUUGAACUUGAUGAAUGCAAGUUGGAUUAUGAUGUUGGGUCUCACUUCUUGUAAAGGAGGAUGGACACCACGUCACACAAGAGGCCCUAUAAAACACGUGGAAUGAAUGCACACUUGUGUAGAGCUGGCAGAAGAGGACCGGUGAAGUAGUGCACUGUGAUUCAAAGAAAUAGAGGCUAGGGGAAAGGUGAAUGGAGGGACUGAACAUGUGAUGUACUAUAUUAUAUUGCAGCUUCAAAAAAGAAAUUUGCACUUUUAUGUGCAUUUUAAGAACAAGCUUCUCUUUUGUACAGGUCAAUGUAAGUGACUGACUGUAGAACCCUGCUGUAUAGUUAAUAAACAAGCUGAUUAAACAGGUAAAACUCUGCACAGCUUU